CCAGCCCACUUUUGAGAAUCAGUCCGCCAGACCAAGCGCAUUCAGAUACGCUGCUUCCUUUUUCACUCAGUACAAACACAAGUGGCAUCUAUUUCAGCGUGUGCUAUAGCUUAAGGGAUCCCAUAAGGAAUUCACUCCAGGACCAUGAGAUGAGCGUGACGGAUAGCGGUGUGAUUUAGUGCCGACGACUCUUUUUUGCAUCAGAAAGAUUCCCAAAUCCAUCAGAUAUGUCUGGAAUGGAUGGGUCGGUGGAGGAGAUAAAUGGUACGGAAGUGAACAGCGAGAGUUUCCUGAGGUUCAGCCCUACAUCUGUUUCUACCGGGGCGGCCGCUGCCUCAUAUGGACAAACUGCCAAUGUUUACAUCUAUGUCUCCAUCUUCCUCAGCUUGCUGCUUUUCCUGCUUACCCUGUUGAUCAUUGCUCUCCACAGGCUGAAGAACAUCAUAUCCUCUAGUUCUUCAUACCCAGAAUGCAGCAGUGAGGCCGGAAGCUCAUUCACUAACAUGGAGAUCUGCAGCGUUUCCUCACAGAGAUCAACGGUGUCAUCCCUGUCCUGACAGCAGAGAGAGACUGAAUGAUCACACACAUCUCUCAAUGUACUGAUAUUCUAGAAAUACAGAGAUAUUUUAGAGGUAAUUAUGUUGUAUAAUUAAAUAUUUAUCAUUAUUAUCAGUGUCAUUAUCAAUAUCAUUAUUAAGUUUCGGGUUUUACAUUAAAUAAUUCUGUCAACAGUGUAAAACAACUGUGUAAAAUAACUCCAUUUGAGACCCACAGAAGAUCCUCCAGAUGGACUGUAUUGAAGCAUUAUCAUAAAGGCCUUGUAUUUCGAUUUUGGAAAAAUGUUACUGACUUGUAUAUGUUAAUUACAUUAUGUACAUAAUGAACUGUAAAUAGAAAAGCUGUCAUACUGUCUCUCAUAUUUAAAAAUUAUAUUUGACAAUAUGAUUACACUUACAUACAUAAAUAUUAUAUCCUUUAAUACAUAGAUAAGACAUAGAAUGCAACAUGUCAUCUCUUGAAAGCCUUGAAUAAAAUCUGAUUUGCUCAUAAAAUAUGCUUAAGAAACAUGUCUUUAAUUCACCAUGCAUCAGUAAAAAAAAUGCAUAGCACUAUAAUAAAUAUGGCCCCCAAAACUAGUGGGAUAAAUCUCAGGUGAAAAUUGUCAUUUUUAACCCCCUUCAACAAAAUAGUGGAUUACUUAGUAAAUAUUAAUCUGUGAAACUUAUUAUUUGGCUUUCAUCCUAUUUAUGUUUGUCUUUCUACAGAAAAAAUAUUAAUAAAAGCAAAAAUUUGAGCCGGGGACCUCUGGUUGAGUUGACACGGAAUUACCCCUGUGAAAUGCAGACAUUACGGAUCUGUGGCGAUCUUGUCAGAAAACGUAUUUUCCACUUUUUAUGAAGUGCAAAUGAGCCAAAAGCGAAGCAGGGUUUAUUUGAAAACUACUACUACUUCAUAUCACUCAGUUUUCUCACAUUUCUGAGUUUGUGACUUUGAGCUCCAGGCAUGUAUUGCGGUGCCGUUUCGUAUCAGUAUUUGUGCUAUUGUAUAUCUUGUCGUCAAGACUUUCUCUUAAUGAAUCAGCCCGCCACCCAUCUUCACAAAGCGCAGUAAAAGUGAAAGAAAAUCCCCCACCUCAAGGCAACCAAGUUUCUGGCAGUGGAGACACAGUCAGUGACGCAGGUGUGAUGAUGUGUGAUGAUACGAGCUGGUGUUUCAUUGGAUUAGAAAUAAAAUUAUUCUCAGAACUAACUUCACUUUUGCAUGUACUUUUAACCAACUUAAGGUCUUAUAGUGAUUUUUGUGAAGCCAGUUUCACUCAAGUUCACUCAGGUCACAUUUUAACUAUGGACAGGAUCCACUGAUGUUUGAUAACCAGGAAAUGUCCAAAUACUUUUUGUCCUAAUUUUUUAAAAGCAAA